CGGGGUCAGAGCCUCUGUCUACCCUGCUAAGUAUUGUUUCGCGGUAUUCCAGUCCCAGCGGCCGGUCUGGGCUGUUCACAGUCCCCAGCUGUCCGUCGCCCUGUCCAUUUCUCCCUUCUACUGAUUUUCGUUGUGUGCUUCCGCUCAUUUGAGCGGGUUCCCACAAUGAAUACUCGCGGUUUCCGUUUGGAAACCAAUUUCUGGAGCCUCCGGCCCACCCUUUGUGGCCUGGGAUGGCUGCUUGGGUUGGGGCUCCUCUUGGGGCUUCAGGCAGCCUGCGGUACCGCUUUCGAUCUGCCUGGGACAAGCCCAGAAGAUUAUUGCGAGUCGAACCUAGAAAACACCUCCUGCAAGUCGUUAGUGGAAGUGUAUGUAAACAGAUUGGACUCCGUGGAAUCUGUGUUACCUUAUGAAUAUGAUAUCUUUGACUUCUGUCAAGAUGCUGCAAUGAAGAGACCUUCUGAAAAUAUUGGACAAACCCUAUUUGGAGAACAAAUAAUAUCAUCUCCUUAUAAGUUAUCUUUUAAUAAAACAGAAACAUGUGUGAGUGUUUGUGUAAAAACUUACAAUGCAAUAAAUAACGAACAAAAGAAACACCUGAAUUUCUUGAGGAACGGAAUACGUCUGAAUUAUCAACAUCAUUGGAUUAUUGAUAGUAUGCCAGUGACAUGGUGCCGUGAUACAAAAGAUGGAAGAAAACACUGCACAAGAGGAUUUCCCAUUGGUUGUUUCAUUACCAGAAAUGGCAAAGCAAAUGAUGAUUGCAUUAAUAGGCAUUCGAGUCCUCUCAUAAUCCAUUGGAGGUGUGGAACAUGUUUACUUCUGGCUCAACUUUACCCUGGGGGUAUUGCCUCUUGGGAGUGGGAAAAUGAAACAGAUUUACAUAUUGCCAGAUUGAUUGCUGCUAAAAUUGAACCAAAAAGUUAUAAACAUUCAGAUGAAAACAACCUAACUUGUAAUGGACCCCCAAUGGAAAUAUCUGGUGAAUACACAGAUAACUUAAAUGUGAUCUAUACAUAUUCUGUAAAAUUUGAGGAAAACAAGGAUGUGAAGUGGUCUUCCAGAUGGGAUUAUGUUUUGGAAUCUAUGACCAAUACCAACAUUCAGUGGUUCAGCAUUACCAAUUCCUUUGUUGUUGUUCUUUUCUUAUCUGGCUUGGUGGCUGUAGUCAUAGUACAGGCUCUCCAUAGAGAUAUUACAAGAUAUAAUCAGAAACGUUCUUCUGAUACUGUCCGGCAGGAUUUUGGUUGGAAGCUGCUUAGUGGGGAUGUGUUCAGACCACCAGAGAAUGGACUAUUGCUGUCGGUCUUUUUAGGUCAAGGAGUACAAAUUUUGAUGAUGUCAUUGAUUACUUUAUUUGUGGCCUGUCUUGGUUUUUUAUCCCCUGCCAAUCGAGGUGCUUUAAUGACAUGUGCUGUUGUGCUAUGGGUACUUCUGGGAACCCCGGCUGGAUAUGUGUCUGCUAAAAUGUAUAAGACAUUUAAAGGUAUGAAGUGGAAGACUCACUUUUUCAUGACAGCACUGUUAUGUCCUGGGUUUGUCUUUAUUGACCUCUUCUUUAUGAAUAUGAUUAUUUGGACCGAAGGGUCAUCAGCUACCAUCUCCUUUGGUGGGUUCAUUGCCAUCCUUGUACUGUGGCUUAGCAUAUCGGUACCACUCACCCUUUUAGGAGAAUACUAUGGGAGUCAAGAAACGUUUACAUGCCCAGUUCACAUAAAUCCAAUGCCUCGUGCGAUCCCUCAGCAGAAGAUUUUUACAAAACCACUUAUUAACAUCGCAGUUGGUGCUAUUGUACCAUUUGGAUGCAUUUUUACUCAACUCUUUUACAUUCUAAACAGUAUUUGGACUCAUGAAAUGUACUACAUGUUUGGAUUUCUUUUCAUUGUCUUUAUAAUUCUCUUUAUUACAUGCUCAGAAAUUGCAGUUUUGCUGUGCUAUUUUCAUCUCCGCGCACAGGAUUAUCAUUGGUGGUGGAGGUCCUUUUUGACCACCAGUUUUACAGCUGUUUAUUGUUUCAUCUAUGCAAUCCAUUACUUCUUUACGAAACUUCAAAUCACAGGCAUUGCAAGCGUUGUUUUGUACUUAGGGUACACGGUGAUCAUGGUGCUGAUUUUGUUCCUCUUCACAGGAACAAUCGGAUUUUUUUCCUGCUUCUUUUUUGUCACGACAAUCUACAGUGCAGUGCAGGUGGAUUAAAGAAUAUCCACCAGGGCUUCCAGGCACAACACCAUUAUUGAUACAUCUCUGUAAACAUCUAUAGAGAUAUAUAUGUGUGCCCU